AUGUUAGCACCUACGAAGCAGGUAGCACCGAGCUCCGCCCCCAAAGACCUCACUGUGAUUGGACGAGAGGGGCGACCGCGCUCCAUACUCAUCAGCUGGCAACCGCCGACCGAGGCCAACGGGCGAAUCACAGGUUACAUCGUGUACUACACCCUGGAGAAGGCCACGCCCAUCGAUGACUGGACUAUGGAGCUGAUUCCUGGUGACCGACUGACUCACAUGGUCCUGGACCUGAACCCAGACUCUCUGUACCACUUCAGGAUCCAGGCCAAGAACAGCAAAGGCCUGGGACCACUGUCUGAGGCUGUAGGGUUCCGGACCGCCAGAGCAGAGAAUCCGGACAAGAUGCCCAACGACCAGGGCCGCGGCGGAGAGCACCCGUACUGGCACCCGGACAGCACCCACAUGGACCGCAGCAACAUCAACGCGCCCCCUGUGGGACAGAUGAAGCCGCAGAGGAGCUCUCAAAUGCUGCUCCUGGUGCUGGUGUCGGUGGGAGCCCUCAGUUUGGUGACGGUCGUCGUCGUGGUGAUGAUCUGCACCAGACGCAGCUCCGCCCACCAGAGGAAGAUGCGUGGCAGUGCUAAGCGAGUGGGCAGCCAGAAGGAGCUGCGUCCUCCAGACCUAUGGAUCCACCACGAGGAGAUGGAGAUGAAGACCAUGGACCAGCCUCGCGAUGUCGCGCCAUCUGAUUCGCCCAUUCAAACCGUCCAGGACCGCCCCCCACCACCCCUCAGCCAAUCAGAGAGCCAGCUGGGAAGCAAGAGCAGCCACUCAGGGGCGGAUGCAGAUGACGUCUCCAGUGCCAUCUCUACUCUAGAGCGCUCUCUGGGGGCCAGACGAGGAACUAGAGGAAAAAUGAUGAUCCCUAUGGAGCAGCCGAGUAACACACCCGUGGUCAGCGCUGUGGCCCUGGACCCCCAGUUUGACACACAGUUCCCGUCUCUGCUCCAGUCUCCGUCCUGUGGAUUCAACAAGUUCAGUCUGCGGCAGAUGCCCUUCCCCAGCCUGAGCGUGGAGCGGUUCAGUCCAGCAAUGACCUCAGAGCCGUCGGCCAAUCCGCUGCAGCCUCAACAGGCCCCGCCUCCAGAGUCCUCGUUGGUUGCAGCGGUGGGCGUGGUUGUGUCUCCGAUGGGCGUGGCCUCAUCAGAGGAAGGAGGUGGGGCCAGGACCAUCCCCACAGCGUGCGUAAGACCGUCCCACCCCCUGCGGAGCUUCACCUCAGGCUCCGCCCACUGCACGCCACAUGCCGCUGCGGCAACCGUCAACGUGAGCUCGCUGGUGAAGACGGCCUCCCUGGGUUUGGGCGGGAAAGCACGCUCGCCACUUCUGCCCGUAUCAGUGCCCACGGCGCCCGAACUGCAGGAAGAGGGCGGAGCCAAAGGGGACGAGGGCGGAGCUAACGUCUAUGAACAGGACGACCUCUCGGAGCAGAUGGCAAGUCUGGAGGGACUGAUGCAGCAGCUGAACGCCAUCACAGGCUCCGCCUUCUAG